AUGGAUAUCGUUCUGGAAAUCACAGACACGUUCCUAUGGGACUACAUGUAUGCAUUCGCCGCACCGGCCACCGCGCCCCCCUACGACUAUCCCAACUUGUCAAAUGGCACGGCCGUCGCGCACAACGGCUGGGAAUACAAGCCCUCGACUGCCUUCUUCUCCCUCGAGCCGUCGCAGGCUGCGUACCAGAGCGCCCUGCCGAGAGAUAACAUAUACCGACAAGGUUUCUCUCUUUUUUUGAUAUACUGGAUAUUCGGCCUCUUAGUCUACUACACCUUCGCGACGGCGUCGUACUUGUUCAUUUUCGACAAGAAGCAAAUGGAGCACCCCAAAUUCCUCAAAAACCAGAUCAAGCUCGAGAUGCUACAGGCCAACAAGGCCUUCCCUGUCAUGGCCCUAUACACUGUGCCCAUGAUCCUCCUCGAGAUCCGCGGCUACAGCAAGCUCUACGACUCUCUAGACGAGGCGCCGGCCUGGUGGUACAACUACCUCCAGUUCCCACUGUUUCUGCUGUUUACCGACUUCUGUAUCUACUGGAUCCACCGCUGGCUGCAUGUACCCUUUAUCUACAAGCGCCUGCACAAGCCUCACCACAAGUGGAUCAUGCCCACGCCGUUUGCCUCGCACGCCUUCCACCCGCUCGACGGCUACGCCCAGUCUUUCCCUUAUCACCUCUUUCCCUUCAUCUUCCCGCUGCAGAAGGUCGCCUACAUCGUGCUCUUUGUCUUUAUCAACAUCUGGACCAUCCUGAUCCACGAUGGCGAGUACGUAGCCAACAACCCCAUCAUUAACGGCGCCGCCUGCCACGCCGUCCACCAUUUUGCCUUCAACUACAACUACGGUCAGUACACCACCCUGUGGGACCGCUUGGGUGGCAGCUACCGCGAGCCCGACUCGGAUCUUUUCGACCCCAAGGCAAAGAUGUCCAAGGAGCAGUGGAACAAGCAGGCCAAGGAGAUGGAGACCUUGGUCAAGCAGCUCGAGGGCGAUGAUGACCGCGUCUACGGCGCCGUCGGUGACAAGAAGACGAGGUAA